ACAAAUGCAAGUACGUUGUAUUUGCUUUUGCAUGAUUGGUUUACAGUGGAAAAAAAAAAAACUGUCCUCUACUCAGCCCAAACACCUUCAAGAGAAGUCAGUACUUGCGGUCGCGCGUCACUUCUUCAACAGAUUUCUACAGGCUCUACUUCAAACUGCAACUGAGCUCACAGUGAUGAAUCCUGAAGGUUACCCGAGUGAUUCAGUUCCACUGCAGGGGAGGCCGUAUGAUGGGUCCUCUGGACAGCCUGCAGGCCCUACAAUGGUUCAAUACACCACUGUGAACGUCACCACGGAGCCCCCCAAGGACCACAUCAUCUGGUCCACCUUCAACUUUGCCUACAUGAACCUAUGCUGCCUCGGACUGGCAGCUCUCAUCUACUCCAUCAAGGCCAGAGACCGGAAGGUGGUUGGAGAUCUGGAAGGAGCCCGACACUACGGCUCCACUGCUCGCUCCCUCAACAUCUGCAUCACUGUCCUGAUUUGCCUCAUUAUCCUCACUGUCAUUAUUAUCGUCAGCGUCACUGUUGCAAAAUUAAAUGCGCACCUUCACCAAGUUUCAUUAGGAAACAUUUACGAUGACAUCAACAAUUACAAUCACAAGUACAGAUGGUAAAUGUCGUGCGGCUUGUAGCUUUUGUGACUUUUUACAUCUUUGUACUUACUUGCUCAAACAAAAAAAGAUACAUGUUUUAUUGGUGUUACAAGAAAAUUAAAUGGUUUCAUCUGUAGUUCUCUGGUGACAUUUUAACAUUUUACUGUGUACAAUUCUGAUUUCCUGUCCUGUGUCUCAGUCAUUGUUCUAAAAAAACAACUUUCUGUGCCAAUAAAGGUGUUUGUAGUUGGA